GCGUUUCCGGGCGGGGGAGCCGGGAUGUGCGUCCGGGUUGGGUCGGCCCCAGCGAGCCGUUUCCUCUCGCUCGCCUGCUUCUCCUCAUCCCUGCCUUCCUCCCUCGCCCUCACUGCGGUGAGCGAGCGCCGCCCGCCUGCUCCUCAAAGGCUUGUAAGAAGUAGUGCACAAAUUUCUCUGAUGAUCUUUACUGAAAUACAAAUUUGGACAAGAUCCUAAGAACUGGAGUAGGAGUAUAGAAUCCAUAGUCUCCUGAACAAGCUGCAGAGUCUAUUUGCCAUAAAGAUGUUGGAAGAAGAUAUGGAGGUGGCCAUCAAGGUGGUGGUGGUGGGAAAUGGAGCUGUUGGAAAGUCCAGCAUGAUUCAGCGGUACUGCAAGGGGAUCUUUACAAAAGACUACAAGAAAACCAUUGGUGUGGAUUUCCUUGAAAGACAAAUCCAAGUUAAUGAUGAAGAUGUCAGGCUGAUGCUGUGGGACACAGCAGGUCAGGAAGAAUUUGACGCAAUAACUAAGGCCUACUACAGAGGAGCCCAGGCUUGUGUUCUUGUGUUUUCUACAACUGACAGAGAGUCCUUCAAAGCAAUUCCUACCUGGAAGGAAAAAGUUGUGGCUGAAGUUGGAGAUGUUCCCACGGUUCUUGUGCAGAAUAAGAUUGAUCUUCUUGAUGACUCUUGCAUAAAGAAUGAAGAGGCAGAAGCCUUGGCAAAGAAGCUGAAGCUGAGGUUCUACCGGGCAUCGGUGAAGGAAGACCUCAAUGUCACUGAAGUUUUUAAGUAUUUGGCUGAUAAAUACCUUCAAAAGCUGAAGCAACAAACAGCUGAGGAUCCAGAAGUAGUACGUGCAAGCAGUAACAAAAUAGGUGUUUUUAAUACCACUGGUGGAAGUUACUCCAGCCAGAAUUCCAGCGCUCUUAAUGGCGAUGUCGUCAACCUUAGACCAAACAAACAGAGGACCAAGAAGACCAGAAGUCCUUUUAGCAACUGCAGUGUACCUUAGACCCAUUCUGGAGGACAUAAAAGGAAGCCAAGUGAAAUGGAUGAAGUUGUGCAAUUGAGUACUGAACCAAGCCAGCUGUAGAGGUGUUUUCACCAGUGCUUUAGCAAACCUUGUGCCUACGGGAUCCUCUAUAGAGGGUGGAUUCAUAUAACCCUGUGAUGCAGCAUGUGUUGGUGUGUGGAGUGAGGCACUGGGUGGCCAGGCACAGAGCCAUGGCUGCCCCAUGCACUUUGUCAAAACAAAGCAAGCUUCCCCUUUCCCAAGGAAUUGCUAUGAACUGGGUACUGCUGAACUGCAAAGCACAUUUAACCGAAGGCUCACACUGCCUGCUGUAGGUGCUGACCAGAACAGUACAGCCCAAAGUACAGCAGCAGCCUCACAGCCACGCUCCAAAGGAAACAUUAGAGUGGGUUAGUCAGGACACCAGAAGGUCAAGAAGAGCAGAAAGAAGACACUGCAUUUUACGCCUGGCUACUGGUAGGGAUCCUGGCAGUUUUGUCAGUGCAGUCGACUUGCAUUACAUUGUCAGGGGUUGAGUUGCAUCUGCUGAUGUGUGCUCGAUCCCACGCUGACCACACCAACUGCAAAACAGGAGUGCCAAGGUGCACCUGUGAGCAUCCGGUAUGGCCAUGCAGGCUAAAUCCCAGUGCAGGUGUUGGAGAUCAGCUGAUGACUGAUAGAAGAGGACCUUCCAAAAAGACCUUUCCUUUACAAAUGUGGUGUUUCAGAUGAGGCUUUCUCAGCUGCCACUGUGUACGUUUAACUUGCUCUACUUUGGGCCUAAAAGCUUAGAUUUAAAAAUGCAUGGUGCCAAAAAUGCUCCUUUUUACCUAAUGCAGUGCUUACAGAUAGUUUCCUAAUUUGUUUUCUCUCAGUCAUAACAGGUUGAACAAAUGGUGCAGACUUUUGACACUAGUAGCUGUUCAGAAGGAACGUCAUGCGACCACAUUGCUGCAUCCUGCGUUGUUUGCAAAAGGGGAUCUCGCAGAGGGGGUUCACAAAACACUUCUUUGGACAAACAAAAUUCAGAGAUAGCAUAGAUUGAGUUAUGGAGCAUCCAAAAAAUGCAGCUGAUCUCUGAGCUACAUAAACACAACAUUUCUUGAAUGUCAUCUCAGAGUCCAAGUUAGCUGCUGGGUGCAGAAAAUCUAAUUCUACAAGAUCAGAGAUGUGGCGAAACAUUUUCAAAGUGCUUAAGUAGUUUUACAGAAUUGUUUUAGAUAUUUAGGAGCGAAUUUCAAGUUAUUUGGACUUAGGCUCCUAAAUCACUAAGGUGCUUUUAAAUUGCUAAGCAAGUAUCUUUUCCUUACCAAAAAUAAAGAGUUUGUAAUCCUCAAGAGCAUGCAUGCCUUUAAAAACUAUCCGUUUGUUUACAUCUUUUCGUAUGCUGUAAUUUUAACUUUCUAGGACAGCAAACCUGCCAGUGGCAAACCUGAAAUCUGCUGCUUGAAGAAAAUCAGACUUCUAACAGGUUGAGGUGACCAAGAAUGCAAACCAGUUGAGUGAUCCUGCCUAUUUUUGGAGGAAGGACUUUUUUCGCUGUGUGAAUUCCUGUAGGAAUCAUGACUGACUUUGUUUCUAAGUCAACGAAUAUGAAAACCGAAAUGUACUCUGUGUCACUGUUUGCAGAGAGUAGUGGGUGGUGAGUUAUGCACAAAUACUGAAGAUCUCUGAGCUCUGUAUUUUGUACUUGCUAUGUGAGACUUUGUUUCUUUGACAAGCUGCUAGAGCAUUUCCUGUUGCUGGCAAGAAGGCAGCCUUCAAGGCACUGGAUCCCCUUUGCUAUUGCAGCAGCACUGUGUGUUCCUCACCAGAGUGUUCCCUGCUUUCUUUUGGAUGAAGGCCUUCAUGUUCUAGCAGGUAUAUUAAGUCACUGUGUGCAGAAAUGGAGUCAAGUCCUACCUGUCUUAGCAAUGCAAGAAGUAAAGGCACUGGGGUUAAGACUUGCAUUUGUACAUCACAGGGCUGCCUUGUAACUUCAAGAUGUAGGACAGAGCAUACAUGAAGAAUUUUGACCACUUUCUAACAUGGAAACUUGUACAUUUCAUUGUCUCUGCCAGUUUCAUAUUUUUAUUCAUUUUCCUUGAAAAAUAAACAAAACCAUGAAGUGUCUGAA